CCCCGUAAGUGUCAUUUCAUUAUGCAUUGGCAGCCACACAAGAUUCAAACCCCAAUCACCAAUCUUGGCUAAUUGUUCCAGAAAUCCAGAGGGCACACGAAGAAGACAUAACUUUGUUUGACUUCCCUGAUCAUAGCACAUACAUGCAUCCCAAGUUUCUUGAGAAGUUCAUGGCACAAGCAAUGGCAAGGAUAUAUUAGAACUGCAUCACUGCAUCAGAACAUGGCUAGGAGCAGAGAGGUGACCGGUAUGGGAGAGAUGGCCGGCGGCGAUGCCGCGGCGGUGGCUGUGGCGAAGGCGCUGGGGUGCCUCGGCAAGGGGGUCGACAUGACGUGCGACCUGAGGCUGAAGCACUGCAAGGAUGCCGGGGGCUGCCUGGUCGUCAGGAGCGGCGAGAAGAAGGCGGCGGCGACAAAGGUUGCUGUGCCGGGCUCGGGGGUCUUUGCCGACGUUCCCGCCGAUGUCAAGUGCGGCAAGGGCGACCGGAUCAGGUUCAAGUCCGACGUGCUCGAGUUCAACAAGAUGUCGGAGCUGUUCAACCACCGGAACUCGCUGCCUGGGAAGAUCCCGUCGGGGCUCUUCAACUCGUCCUUCGACCUGGACAGCAGCUCAUGGGCUCAGGACGCCUCCGCCACCAAGUGCCUGGCGUUCGACGGCUACUUCAUCUCCCUCCUCGACCUCCGGCUAGACUGCCGGCCGCUCGACCUCGGCGCCCAUGUCGUACGCGACGUGCCGGCGCGCUGGGACCCGUCAGCCAUAGCAAGUUUUAUCGAGAAGUACGGGACUCACAUCGUCGUAGGACUGAGCCUGGGUGGCCAGGAUGUGGUGCAUGUGAGGCAGGACAAGUCGUCUCCAUUGUCACCGUCUGAGAUCAAGGAGCACUUGGACAGGCUAGGCGACCAGCUCUUCACUGGGACAUGCACUCUGCCUCCUUCACACUGCAAAUCCAGGGACCACAAAUUUAAGGUCCCUGAGGCCUUCAAUGUAUUUGAUGCCCAAGUAACACAACAAAGGCUUGAAGGAAUGACUACUCCAGUGUCCUGCAAAGAGGGUGUGACAGUGAUAUACUCCAAGAGGGGAGGGGAUACAGCGGCGAGCAACCACUCUGAGUGGCUGCUCACGGUGCCGACAAUGGCGGAUGCAAUCAACUUCAAGCUUGUGCCCAUCACAUCCCUUCUCAAGGGAGUAACCGGCGUGGGCUUCCUUUCUCAUGCCAUGAACCUCUAUCUCAGAUGCAAACCUCCAAUAGCAGAGUUGAGGUACUUCCUGGACUUCCAGCACCAAAGACUGUGGGCCCCUGUACUCAGUGACCUACCACUUGGCCCAUGCUCAAACCGACAAGGUGUUAUCCCUGCCUUGCACUUCAGCCUUGUAGGUUCAAAGCUAUAUGUCAGCUCAAGCCAGGUGAUUGUUCCAAACUUACCAGUCACCGGGAUGAGAUUGCAUCUGGAGGGCAAGAAAAACAACCGGUUAGGCAUCCACCUGCAACAUUUGUCAAACACCCCAACGUUCACAAACGAACGACCAGAGAAGCCACCGAUAUGGCGCGGAUCGGAGAUGAUCUCCGACGAACGGUACUACGAGCCGGUCCAGUGGAGAAUGUUUGCCCAUGUCUGCACAGUGCCAGUGAAGUACGACCCUCGUUGGCGCAGCACAAACUCAGGGUCUGCAUACAUUGUCUCUGGUGCUCAGCUGCAUGUCAAGGCUCAUGACUCGACGAACAUUUUGCACCUCAGGCUCUUGUACACCGAGCUCCCGGGAUACACCGUGGUGCAAUCCAAAUGGGCACACAACACAGUGAGGCUGUCAGGUAAAGGGAGCUUCCUGUCGAAGUCGUUUGCGACAUCUUCAGGUUCCAUUGAGAAGGAGCAGCAGCAACCGGCGAGAGCUCACAUUGACUCCGGUGUGUUCGCCGGAGGACCGCCUGUGCCUGUUGGGACCCAGAGGCUGCUCAAGUUUGUUGAGACAUCGCAGGUGACCAUGGGGCCACAGGACAGUCCUGGAUACUGGCUGGUCACAGGCGCAAAGCUUGAUGUUGAGAAGGGGAAGAUCUCGCUGCACGUCAAAUUUUCACUGCUUGCUCCAGUUUCUUGACAAGGUGUUCAAAGAAUUGUACAUUCUGCUGCUAGGAGAAAACCGCUGUAAAAUCUGACGUCCUGCCUCCCUUGUCCCCAAUUCACCUUUCUAUUUUUGUCGCAAGGAACCAGAUCUGCAAAAGGCCAAAGUUAGGUAAUUCAUUAUGCAGUAACCGUAAUCUGAGUGAUAACAGUAAGUCAUGCGACCAUACUGUUAGAGGAAGAUAUAUACAGGCAUAUAACUUGCUUCCAUGUAAAGACUUCAUACCUUUAGAGGAUGUAUGAACUGAACAGCUGACAAAAAAAAAUGUAUGACGAAAUGCAGAAAUUAUUCUGGCAAAGCAUACUAGAACCACCGCAAUGUGACUACUAUUAUAUCAGAAGGAAUCGGAUACAGGUGUGUUUUAUGGGCCACUCCACGAAUCUGGAGUGGGGAAGAGAAAAGGAGGGCGCACGUGUAGACGUACUGUUUCGAAACGAGACUGCGAGUGAGGCCACCGGUGAGAGCGGGUUUCUGUGCCACACAAUCCACCGCACGCUGUCUUGAAGAUUCAUGGGG